GUGGGGGUGUACGGUGAUAACGAAGCCUCUCGUUACAGUCCCCAGUGUAGCCACUGUGGGUCUAGCAGUGUUGGUCAAGAUGGCUGUCAUUGGCACUACUCCAUGGUGCUUUCUCCUGCCUCUGCUGGUGUGUUGGGCCAGCAGCGGUGUGGACAGCCAGACUGUGGGAGUUACCACGGUGUCAACAGAUCACUUCGAGCUGAGCUGGGAGCGUCGAGAAGAGUGGUAUGGCAUUGUUUACUUCACCAUCAACACAGCCUUCCCAAACGGCACACAGCACCCUUGCAAUAACAAGUCCAUCUCCUGCACGACUCCAGUCUGCAGGUACUACAGUCAGUCUUGUGGCUUAAUCGACCCCUGCAGUAACGUCGAGGUCUCCGUCAGCGGCGGGACCUACACAGCGCCCGAAGUGUUCAUCACUACAGCCCCGCCAUCGUUCGCAAACGUUACCGUGGCAAUAGAGUCAGCCAACCUCACCAUAUCCUGGACCAACCCGGCGGUGGAGGAGCCAACGUGCCUGAAGGAGGCGAACAUCCAGUUAGAGUUAAACAACGUUGGGACUCCCAUUAACUCCAGUGGCCUCCGUGGCUUCUACUGGCAGGGGCUGUGUCAGUCGACCACGGGCCGCGUCCGCUUGUGGAACGUUGGUGGAGAUGGUGAUAGCGAUGUUGUCCUCCAGGACAUCUCCUACCAUGGAUCUGAUGUGGUGCCGCUCUUGGAUAACAUAACUGCCAUACCCGGUUGCACUACCCUGACGGUGACGUGGAUCUACAACAAUGUGUGCCCGGAAGCUACCCACUUCAGAAUUUCACUGAGAGACGGCGAGAUCUUUUAUACCAAGGACACGACCACCACCGAACACGUCUUCCAAGACUUGAAGAUAAGGACGGAGUAUACAUUGAUCUGCGAUGUCUUAGAUAAAGACAAUCACACCGUGGGAGACAGUCAGCAUGUUUACCUAGAAACUUUGAAAGAUACGGUGGAAAACUUGACGGUGGAAGCAGUGAGUUGGUCCAGCAUCGAGGCCUCCUGGACACCCUCCCUCUGUGUCUCCAGCUCCACCGUCGGGUACGAAGUGACGCUGUUCAGUUCACGCGGGGAUGAACAUGACGUCGUGUUCACUACCAACUACACUUGGAACAACUUGUACAACAAUGACGAAUGUUAUGUCUGCGUGGCGCCACAAUUUGGUGAUAGUUCGUGCGUGGCUCUAAACACUUUAUUGGCGAAGCCAAGUAAUCUAUGGGUCGGAGACAACGUUGCCGGCGAACUCCACGUAACCUGGUCCUACCGCAUCUGGCUACCUAAUGGCGACAGCAACCUUUACUACAACGUGUCUUGGGGCCCCGCUCUCCAGUACGGCGCCGUCACCCCCUACACCAAGUACACCAUCAUGGGAUACAACGCCAGCGACGCGGACCGGAGAGUGUGUGUAGCGGCCAUCAACAUGGGCACACAGAACGCUAGCACCAACACCUGCCUGGAUGAUCCUGCGCCGCCCACCGCUGUACCCACUAUACCCUAUCAUGUUGAUACAGGAAACACUGGCCUGAUAUUCGGGAUGUCCUGUUUGGCGAUCGCUGUGGUGGCUGCAGUGAUCACUGGCGUCGUCCUCUGGAUCCGGAACAAGAACGAUCAAUCUUCUGAUUGAUCCUCUUCAGGUCAGCGAUCUUCUUACCAAGGUCCUCGUCGAUGGCCUUCCCUCUAAGAGGAGCUCCUAGGAUUCUGCUGUUCAGGGUUGGUUAUAUGGAUAUCAGGAAAAAUAUCCUUUAUUCGCUCUAUAUGCGCUGGUUGGUGGAGGUUAUUUCGCACUUGGAAGAGUUCCAUCUGUUGCAUGUAAGAGUAACACACAUCUAUACUAUAUGUGUUGCAAUUCCAUUUCAGUGUUUUUGAUUGCAUUGAUAAAUUGACUUUUAAUAGAUUAUGAUUUAUUUUCAUUUUUUAUUUAAUUAUUUUGUGUGAAUUGUGUUGGAAUUGAGGUGUGUUGUUUACCAAAC